AAACAACAUCCACGAGGACUUCUUACUGUUACUGCAGUGGCAAUAGUACGGAAUACUCGCGAGGUCGCCUCGUCGAUGCUGCGUGAGCGCACAGCGCCGUGGGAUGCGAAAUCGCAUCUCUAGUCUGCUGAUUUUGAUCUUUUGCCAUUCAUGAAUAUUCAAAUGAUGUAUAAAUAAUGUGUUGUUUUAUUAAUUGAAGAUGCGGAGCAGUCGCAUUCGAGUAUUUAGUGCCAGUUAGUAUUCGAGCCAGUUCGAGAGUUACAUAAGUGGGCAGUAAACAGUGCAAAUCGCGAAGUGUUCGUGACAACCAGGUGGGAAGAAUCAGUGCAAGUGACUUAAGUACGAUCAAAGGCGUGCGACGCCUUCGAUUAAGGUGCAGUGAGCCGAUAUCGAAAUGCUUAUCAAUGUCUGCUGAGAGAAAGAGACGGAGACAGUGAAAACUGAAGGUUAACUGAUAGUGAUACCGCUAUGGUGUUUAUGGCGCUACGAAGUAUGUUGAAUGAAAAUAGUGUGGAAGUCGGAGUAUAGCGUAGACAUUGUGAACUGACCCGUUAGUCAUCAGCUGAAAUAGGAAUGGGGAUUAUCGGGUGUGUCGUUUUAUCGAAGCGGGAGGCACCCCCUUUCUGGGCCUGCUAUACAGUCGACCUGGUAUGGAUGGCUACAACGACUACCAGCUUGCGCGACGAUGACGACGACGAUGAUGACGGCAACGGAUGCCGAGACCGAUGGAUGACUACCACUUUGGAAGUCAUUAGGCCAGCAGUGCCUUUUGUUGUUUUAUAUAGACUAGAGCAGCAAGUCGUCGUGACAGUUUGGAAGCGGUGAUGUGACCUUAUAGCCUACACCGAGUCGACCGGCUUAACUUUAUUUUACCGCUGAAUUCGGUUUGUAUAGGUGAACUCAAACGAUGUGUAUGUGACUUAAUUGCACGGUUUCGUGAACCUUGUUGACAAUCGAUCGCCAUAGUACGAGAUCAAAUCGCGAAGAACGAAGAACCACCGGCAGCAACCACCAGAGAGUGAGGGUGUGUUACGCCUCAAGUGUUUUCAAAAUGCAUUCACGUGUUCGGAUUGAACCGUUGCUGUUGUUGUUGGUAUGCAUAGCAUUAAUUAACGGAACUGAUCCAACGAUUGGUGAAUCUCUAAAUAGCACCGUUAGUGAAGUGGAAAACAGCAUUGAAUCAUCGAAGCAAGCGGUCGCAAACUCAACCGGUACCUUAAACAUUUCGGAAGUAAAUACGCAGGUUCCACCGGUUGUCCAAACAACUGAACCGGCGGUGACAACGACCCAAGGAGUAUCGGCGCCAACGACCACGUCUGUGAUGACCACGACGACAACAACAACAAGAGCAACAAAGGUAACGACGACGAGUACGACUGUCGUCACGCCUGGGUCGCCUCCAGACGUAGGCGCCGCUGAAAGUUAUGAUACGCCACCCAACUGUUCGCAAUUUCCGCUAUCACCCCACCAGCCGGUGUACGACAAAAAUUCCCUGAUCAACAAGUGCUGCCCGUUCGGGGAAAUAUUCGAACCGGCUGGCAAUGGACGCUUCCGGUGUACCCCCGGCCAGCGAACGCUGGACGUGGAAACAAUCUACGCCGUAUUCUACGGCGACUCCGAGUGUAUCGAGGACAAGGAAAACAAACUACACUUCAACUACCAGCCGAACGACUCUUGCUUUGGCAAUAAUCAAACCUUUCAGUACAGCAAAGAGCAGGGAGAUCAGCUGUUUGUAAUUCAGAACGGAUCGCUGCUGGUGCUGGAGGAAGGUGGCUUCAUGUCGGUGUUCGAUUGGUACUGCGUCGAGGUCGAUACCAAGUCGAGACUUCUGGCGAAAGCUUGCGAUGAGGUGACACCGAUCAUUCUGCAAUCGACAGCAGUUUUGAUCUACAUUGGAAUGGUGAUUGCUUCUGUAACGCUACUAUUUACGUGUCUGGCGUAUGCACUUGUGCCGAGAUUAAACGAUGCUUUUGGCUAUCUGCUGGCCGGACAUUCUGGGGCGUUCCUGGUGGGGUUGAUUAUGAUGACGCUAGCGGUUUGCGGUGAGCGAUGUAUCGAGCCGAGUAAUGUUGAUGUGGUUCAAAUAUUCGCCCAGAUAUUUCUGAUGUCAUCAAUUUAUGCGUUCGUUUUCAUGAACGUAUUCAACUACGCGUACGCCGCUUACUACCUCCCUAACGGACUGGAAUUUGAUACCAAGAACAAACGAGACAUGUUUGUUUGUCUAGGUGUUCUUUACACAAUAACACUCAUACCUUUGUUUCUACCAUGGAGACAUUCACUCAUAUUCCAUCUCAUCUUGUAUAUCUACUACCUCGUGAUAGCUGUAGUGCUUUACCUCAGCCAUCGGACCAUCCGAACGCUGGCGGAUAGCAAAUUCGUUAGGUUCACGGUUUCUCAGCAGAACUACAACGAGCUGACCUAUACGGAAGCGGUCAAUGCUCAGCCUCGAAUCAACGGGGAACGACUGAAGGAUGUGAGAGGACUGAACCGCCUCUGCACCAUAGAAGCCAUCUUUACUCUAGUCUGUUGGAUUAUGUUCAGUUCGCUGGCGCGCAGCAUAGACAGUCAGCAUGACAUUUUCCGGAUCGGGGCUGCCUACGCCGUUAUCUUUCAGGGACUGCUGAUUGGAGUGCUGUUCGUGGGCGGUCGGAAAAAGUGGACCAUCAUACGGGAGUGCUGGAACUAUUCCGGUUCGAUCGAUUUGAGGGCUCUGGAGAUGGAGCGGGAAAUGUUGACGCUGGAACGGAAAACUCCACUGCCGACGUAGAUCAUGUAGGUGGACGCUUCCAACGGGUGGGAGGACAAUAAACGACUUAUUUAAUUGCAUUAGGGAUCCAUAGAGCGAAUUAUGAAACCAGGUUAAGUUUACAAAUAGUUUAACUGUGUGACUGAUAGAAGAGCGAGUGAAGGCGCUUUAACCUAGGCUUAUUAGCCAGGGCAAAGUGUAAAUACCUCUGUCCCAUCCCAAAGGACCAAAGGAGUGACAAUAACCUUCUUAGCCAAGUCACUCCCAACGAUUUAUUAUAUUCCCUUUAAACUGAAACGGUCGGUACGGUUGUCCUCGUUUCUUCCUCCUUUAAGAUUCAAAACAAUUCGUUAAUUAAAUUAUUCACUAAAUGAAUAAUUUAAUUGCCGUCUAAUUUUGAAACAUCAUCAAACCCUCUGCACAGUAGGCGUGGCCGUUUUAAUAUUUGCGACAUAUGAAAAUAUGCUUCAAAUAUUAAUAUUGACAAGAAAAACACUACAGACUAACUGUGGUGUUUUCCAGGAUGCUUUUCAAUACUGGCUGUGUAAGGGUUAGAAUAGAAUAGAAUAGAAUAGUGUGACUGAUAGAAGGUGUGCUAGUUGCAAUUUUUAGCAGUUAACAGCAAAUUACCAUUGCAUAGCGGUAUCAUUGAGCAUAAAGAUAUAGUCUUGAGGUGAUAAGUAAAAUAAUACCUAAAACUACUAAGAUAGGAUCAGAUAGGCUAUAAUAUUUUUAGAUAGUUUGUGAUUGUGGCAAAUGACCUUCUAUGGGAGGAAGACUUAACGUUCGGAUACCCAAAAAAUGGCAGUCUUCAAUCGAGUAUUGUAAUUAAUUAAUUGAGCUCAAUUGAAAUAUAAUGUUGAACAAUAAACCAAAAUUAUACCUAUAAGUAUGCACUUACAUUAAGUAUUGAAUAUUUUUAAAAUUCGUGUAGUAUAAAAAAUUAAUAAAAUUAUUCAUCCUUAUUGUU